AAACAAAUGGCUGUUCUAGUCGAUCUAUUUACAUUACAUGGGAGAGAGAACCAAUUCCCAUAUUUCUGUUCCUUUGAAUAAGGCAUUAUCAUCAAUAAGCAGUACCGAACCACACCUGUCACACAAAAUCUUCUUUCUUUUCUGUCUUUUCCAUUCAUGAUCUUUCAAAAUGUAUACCCAACACUUCUCUUUAUCCCUCUCCCACUACUCCACCAUCUUCAUAGUAUUCUUCAUCACCACCUUCUCAACAUCUCACUGCCAGGACCAUGAAAUGUUCUGGGUGUGCCGAAAUCAUACCUACAACUGUGGCCAAAACAUAAAAGGCAUAGGGUACCCUUAUUGGGGUGAUGGUCGACCCCAGUACUGUGGCCAUCCACAGUUUGAGCUCAAGUGCCAAAACAACGACCACCCGGUUAUAGACAUCGAUGAUCAUAUGUUCCGUGUACUAGAGAUCAAUUCAUCGGGUUCCAUGAUGACUAUGGCAAGGUUAGACCUAUGGGAUAAUCCCUGCCCUCAGAUAUUAAGUAAUAUAACUUUUGACAACACCUUCUUCUCUCUCCAUUCUUCAACUGCCCGAAGCCUGUACCUAUUCUACAAUUGCACCUCAAGUUUGACAGAAUUCUUGAACAACUUUACGUGUCCCUUAGAUAGUGUUAGAGAGAGUAAUCGCUUUUAUGGGGACGAGUCAUUCUUGAGUAUUCAGCUGGAAACGACGACCUGCCAACAUGGCAUUGAAGUUCCGGUUUUCAGGACAAGUUUGGAAGGACUUUGGGAUAUUUCGUUGAAUCUGCAGCAAGCUUUGAAUUUAGGAUUUGAGGUUCAGUAUAAUGCAAGUAAUGUUGAAUGCUCAUCGUGUGAGUCGUCCGGUGGGACUUGUGGAUCCGAUCCGACUACGCUCCAAUUUGUCUGCCUUUGUCACGACCAGCCUCAUCAUCUAACUUGUGGAGACCAUGGUAAUAAUUUGACCACGCGACUAAAGUUGACAAUAGGAGUUGGUUCUGGCGGAAUCGGACUACUACUAAUGAGCAUCAUUUUUUGCUGCAUUAGAUCAAAGACCUCUUCGUUUAGAUCGAUCAUAUUUUGGAGGUUGAAAAUAAAAGAUAACCGGGAUCUUGAGGCCUUUAUUAGGAAUCACGGAUCACUGUCUCCAAAAAGAUAUAGCUAUUCAUAUGUCAAAAAAAUAACACACUCUUUUAGAGAUAAAUUUGGUCAAGGAGGAUAUGGCUCUGUGUACAAAGGAAAGCUACUUAACAAUCAACCUGUGGCAGUGAAACUCCUUGAUGAAUCCAAAGGAAAUGGAGAAGAAUUCAUCAAUGAGGUUGCAAGCAUCAGUAAGACUUCACAUGUUAACGUGGUCACUCUUCUGGGAUUUUGUCUUGAAGGUAACAAAAGAGCUCUCAUUUACGAGUUUAUGCCUAAUGGAUCUCUUGAAAAGUUCAUAUAUCACCAAGGACUUUCGAAGACCAAUGGGCAUUUGGGUUGGAAAAAAUUGUAUCAAAUUUCGAUUGGUAUAGCUCGAGGACUUGAGUAUUUGCACCGUGGUUGCAGCCAGCGAAUACUGCAUCUAGACAUAAAACCUCACAACAUUCUCCUUGACGAUGAUUUUUGCCCUAAGAUCUCCGAUUUUGGGCUUGCAAAACUAUAUACCAAGAAAGAAAGCAUUAUAUCAAUAAUGGAAGCCAGAGGGACCAUAGGGUAUAUUGCUCCAGAAGUGUUCAGUAGAAACUUUGGAGGAGUAUCACAUAAGUCUGAUGUCUAUAGUUACGGAAUGAUGGUACUAGAAAUGGUUGGAGGAAGAAAGAACAAUGAUGUUGGGGUGAGCCAUACCAGCGAGAUAUAUUUUCCACAUUGGGUUUAUAAGCGCCUUGAGCUAGACGAAGAGCUAGGAUUUCAGGGUGACAUGACAGAGGAAGAAAAUGAAAUGGCAAGGAAGAUGAUAUUUGUAGGGUUGUGGUGCAUACAGACUGGUCCUUCACAAAGGCCAUCAAUGAGUAAGGUGGUGGAAAUGCUGGAAGGAAGCAUAGAAGCUCUGGAAAUUCCACCCAGACCCUACUUACAUUCUCUUUCAAGAUCAGUAGCAGAAUCUUUUACUACAUGAACAAUGUUUUAAUUCAUUGUUAAAAUUAUUUAUUGUCCAUUUUGUAUAGUCAUUGCUAACAAAUUUAGCCGAACAUAUGAUGUAAGGUUCUGGUUUACAAGGACUUUUUUAUGCUAAUCAAAUCUUGAAGGCCAUCUAUGCAGCUUAUUGAAUCAUAUAAUUUCUGUAUUUUU